CCUCACCUUUCCAGAAACUUCACAUACCCACAUCUAUAAAAUCCCCACAACACUCUCCUCCCGACAACACAUAGAUUCAACAAAACAAUCAAUCACAUUCACAGCAAAACCAAACAGAAGAAAAUGGAAUUCAGGCCAAUGGGUUUCGACGCCCCAAUCUUCCACGCCCUUCAGCACAUCCUGGACGCCACCGACGAAUCCGACAAGUCCUCCAACGCUCCGACUCGCACAUACGUCCGCGACGCCAAGGCCAUGGCCACAACACCGGCCGACGUGAAGGAGUACCCGAAUUCGUACGUGUUCGUGGUGGACAUGCCGGGGCUGAAGUCAGGGGACAUCAAGGUGCAGGUGGAGGACGACAAUGUGCUGCUGAUAAGUGGUGAGAGAAAGAGAGAGGAAGAGAAAGAGGGGGUUAACUACGUGAGGAUGGAGAGGAGGGUUGGGAAAUUCAUGAGGAAGUUUGUGUUGCCUGAAAAUGCAAAUACUGAUGCAAUCUCCGCAGUUUGUCGGGACGGUGUGCUUACUGCUACCGUUCACAAGUUGCCUCCUCCGGAACCCAAGAAGCCCAAGACCAUUGAGGUCAAGAUUGCUUGAAAUUCUCACAUCAUCCUUAUCAAUGUCCUCGUCUGUCGAUGUCCUCGUCUUUCUUUGUUAAAUGUGUUUUCUGUUUGUUAUGGUAUUGUUUCCUUUCUGAUGUGAAAGUUCGAGUAUUUAUAUAAAUCAAUGCAAUAUGUUGUCUUUUCAAAA